GAGCGAUUUGUCCUGGACGGGGAGGACGCACAGUCGGUAAACAAUGGGAGGCUUCCUGUCGGUGGCGGCGAGCAAAUUGGGGGGUUGCAAGUGACGGAAAUCGCGCAUUCCGUCAGACGCCGAGCCCUGAAUCUCUUCUCCAACGGCCUCGGCUACCCGCAGAGCGCUCUACGCCUUGCAGCUCCAAAGCAUCAACCACCUGCUGGGCGGCAGCUACGUGGCGGAGGCCUGCAGAUCUUCCCUUGGGUUAGCAUGAACAGCUAUAACAAGGUGUAUCUGAGGCGCAAGCUGGGCAGCGGGCGCAUUUUGCGCCCGCUGGGCACGCACAUUAUCUGCAAGAUUCUCGACACAGGGGUUGUCAUCCCGCCGAAAGCAGCCUCGGGCGUCGAGGCCGGCGCCGGCAUUCUGGCCACAGCGGGUGAAGCUGCAUUGGAAGUUGCGCCACCAGGGAGGCCACGGCCGCGGCGUUUGUGGAUUUGA